AUGUCCGAAGAACUCGAUAUUGAUGGAAUGGAUCACCUCACGACAACAGAAGACGCGUUUGAAAAAUUUCAAGCAAAUUCUAUAUACGAAGAAGAAGAAUUCAUAACUUUGUCUGACCUAGUCUCGCCUACUAAUGAGGCAGGAGUAGAGCCAGGAGUGCUUGAUUCCAGCGAUAAUGUGGAAGAUUUACCUUACGAACAAAACAUUGUGUAUGAAGAUGCAGGAAUAUCAGCAGAAAAUAUUGGAAUUGCAGCUGACAACAACAUUGAAGAAUCUGAGAAUUGUCCUCUACAGACUUUAAACAAUAAACUAGAUAUACACAAUGAAAACAUUUCUGUCACAACAAAUGAUUUUUUAGAAAAUAAAACACAGCAACCAUUGCCUGCAGGAAAGGUUCAAUCUCGACGUGGUAGGGGAAGAGGUAUGGGCAGGGUGAGGGGUAGGGGCAGAGGUACCAAAACAGGAACAGGAACAGUCUCUCAAAGAGGCAGAGGUCGAGGUCGGGGUGCUAGGAAUCAGCAUGCUACUAUUGAAACAAAUGCAAAUUGUUUUGAAGAGUCAGCUGGCAAACAAGCUAGUGAUAUCAUUUUUAGCAACAAAACAAAAGCAAAAAGAGGAAGAAAGCCCAAAAACAGGGAUGACAAUAGUAAAUUAUGUAAUGAGAAUGUAGUUUCUUCUACUGAUAGUAACAUAAAUAAUUUAUCAGAUAAGUCUAAAAAUAAAAGUUAUUCAGAUAAAGAAGAAAGCAUUAAGAUAACUAAAAAGCAAAAAUUAAAACAUACCCUGGACAGUACACAUUCAAAUAAACCAAAACAUGAAGUGCAAACAGAACAGAUUAAUAGUAAUACUGUAGUCGAGACAUCUGAUAUAUUGAAUAAUGAUUAUGGUAAUAAUUCAAAUUUCAGAGUUAUUACUAUGUGUAAUGAGAAUGUAGAUUCUAACUUACAAAAUAAUAUUAUUGAUUCAAGUAAUAUACCGGUUGCACAUGAAGAAGACAUGGAAGAUGACGGUGAUGACAUUUGUUUGAGUGAACUCAAAAAUAAAUUAGGCCAUGUUCCACUCAAAGAGGGUGAUAUUAGUAAUGCUUGUUGUAUAAACAAUGGUAAAGGUGAAAACUCACUUUCAAGUUUAGUUGAGCCUCUUUUAAGUGAGUGUAAUGUAGAUGUAAACAGCACAGAAACAAACAAUAAAGGAGAUAAGGAAACGGAAACAGAAUUUGUUUCAACUGAAAGUGUUCCCAUUGAUAACUCCAAAAGAUCAUGUCGUCGUAAAACAAAACCACUAUUUAAGUAUCAUGAUGAAGAAUCUGAGGAAGAUGACCCAUUUGCGAAUGUUGAACUAUCUGAUGAUGAGCCACGAAACAGAAAGAAAGGUGGGUACAAAUCUGAUGAUGAAUAUCUACCAUGGAAAAAAGGCGGUCGUAAUAGUUCAUCAUCUGAAUCAUUAUUGGAAUCCGAUGGACAAAACAUUGAUGUUGAGAGAGGUAGUAGGAAAUCAAGAAAAAGAAAAAUAAAAGUGUUUGACAAAAGUGGGAAAGUAAAGAGUCCAAGGAAAAUGAAAAGUAAAAAGUCUGAUAAUGACUUAAAAAUAGUAGAUCCAAAUAACAUAGACAUUGAAGAUUCUCUUGCCAGCUCAGUCCUUAUUAAAACAGACAAUGACCUACAAGAUUUUCUUGCAAAAAAAAUUCAAGGAACAGACAUUAAAAUAAUUAAGGCAAAAGCAUCAGAGGCUUCAAGUACACCGUUUGAUAUACCCAUUAUAGACCUGAACGAACCUAAGAAAACUGUGGAAACUUCAACACAAACUAUAAAUAGGAAAAUCAAGUCUGCUGGUGUUCAAACAGACACACAAUAUGAACAGGGCAUGUUAAAAAAAGUUUUACUUACAUCUUCACAGUCAGAAAAAGCUUGUGAGUUUUUAAAAAAUGUAGUGGAAACAACUGCUGAACUUGGCCAGCUUAUGACACAAAAAUCUCAGGAUUUUAUUCAGAAAAAAAUUAACACAUCACACGUUACAGACACAUUUAAAAUGGACUACUGUGUUAAGAAAUCAUUUCUACUCUUCAAGCUUGCAAAACACAACCUGUUACAAAUGGAGGAAGACCUUGAAACGCAAUAUGAAGAGUUUUUAAAAUCAACAGACUUACUUCAGUUUAGGGAACCCAAAAAAGUAAUUUUGCCAAAGCCAACAACAACAGAGGACAGUGAUUGUGAAAUAAUUGAAGUGCCCUCUGCAUCAACAGUUAAAAAGUCAAAUAAUGAAAAACCUUUUAAUCCAAAAACUGUCUUCCUAAAUAAGGAGCUUUCUAUUAAAAUUGCAAAAAAAUCUGCCGAAGAACCAGUUAAGAAAACAAAAAAACUUAAUGUCAAGGGUCGUGACACAGUAUGGAUCAAUAAUUCAAUUUUGGUGAAGAAAGUGAAACCUACACAGUCUUUUUUAGCCCAGGACAGCCGAAACAAAAAACCACCUGAUUUAGUAACAUAUUGUAUGGUGAAACAAUUCUUUGAUAAUUAUGAAAAGCAAAAAGUUUUAUCAAUAUGCAAAAAAUUGACUUCAUUGCAGUGGUUAUCAGUUCCUCACCAAGUUAUUUGUAAUUACUUUAUCAAGGAUGCAAGGGAUUGCGAAAAUGCCACAAUUAACAAUACUGUAUUUACUCCUGAAAUUAUAUUUGAUAGUAUAUCUGAUGUACCAGACACUGUUGUUAUUCCCGCGUGUGUCUUUAACAAUCCAAAGAGUCUAUUGACUAUAUGUUUAGAAGUGUUUAAGAAGCCAUUAAACCCAAAGUCCUUACUUUCGCUUUGUACUGAAAAAAUGCAGCAAGCAAUAAUUUAUAAAAACUGCUUUAUUAUAUCUACCCAUAAAACUUGUUUAUCACCUGCUAAAGCCGACCCACUCUCUGGUACAGAUCAAUGUCUUAGCCCUUUGAGAGAUAUAUGCAUCAAAAAAAUAAAUGAUAUUUUAAAUGGUCCAAAAAUUGAUACUAGGAAUGUUGUUAAUGAUGACCAAAACGUUUUAAUGGACAAAAAAACGCUGGUAAACAAGUUCCAAGCUAAACGACUGUCAACAAUAUGUUUUGAAAAAAUUCAAGAGCAAUUCCUACCACAUUCAAAAAGUAAAACACAGAAUAUAUAUUCCCUAAAAGUUAUGACAUUGUUACUAUUAAAUAAGAUCAUGAUAUCUAAGAAUAACUUCUACGAUUAUCAAGGCGAGGAGUCCAGCAAAAUGGAGGAAAUUUCUGCUAUAAAUGGCCCAUUGCCAAUAUCAAUAAACAGUGUGAAUUCUGUAACAGAAGAAGAGUUUUCAAGUCUGCAACAAAAAAUGAGUUUUACUACCGUCAAUGACGAAAAUCCUGACAGCAGUGAAUGUGGGUAUAGUGACACAAAUGAAGACUAUGAAUCUGACUCUAAUGAUAAAUACGAACAAGACUCUGAAGAAACGAACUGGGUAUCAAAAGUGCAACUUUCAGCAUUUUGUUCAGGUUUUCUGUCUUCUGAAUACUAUCAUGACAUUGAAUCUGAAAAAGAUAACAAUAAAUCAAAUAGCAUUAACUCUACAAACGAAGUGGCAGGUGGUGAAAAUGGUAAUUCCUGUAGUAAUUUGGAAGAUAGUUACUGUGUUAAUAUCGAAACUGCAAAUGAAGAAGUUACAAAUGAUUGUACCAGUGAAGAAAAUAACUUCAUUUAUAGUGGCUUAUCGCAACACAUGUCGGUAGGAUCAAUAAAAACAGAGCCAGGUGAACUAUGUGAAAUUAAUAUAAAUACCCAUGAAAUUAAAACAGAACCUAUAGAAACAUCAGAGCAAGUUCCUCCAUUUACCAGUAUUUAUACUAAAGAAGAAUAUAUUGAAGAUGUAGCUGAAAGCCUUCCUAACAAGCCACAUCAAAAAAAAGAAACUUUGAAUAAUUAUAAUGAAGAUAUGUUUGAGACAUUUAUACAAACAAAUAAAAUGAUUAGGGACAUACAUUCCACCUAUGCAUGUGAUGAUAUAUUUAGCCAAAGUUCUCAAAGGAUACGUCGUCAGUAUGAUCCAGACUCUGAUAGUGAACAUAGUUGUAACGUAGAUAGUAUGGGCUUGUUAGUGCCUCAAUGCACCGACCAGACAAAGGAUAAGUUGAUGGAAAAUAGUUCCGAUGAAAAUACCAACCUAGUGGAGAAAACUGUUAGGAAGAAAAAUUUAAGACCUAAACGUAGUAAAACAAUUCCAAAACAGAGAGAGAUCACGGCCGAUAGGCCAAUAACAGAUAGGAAUGAAGUAACAAAGCUUACUCGAAAAAUGAAUGGUAUAAUACGACAGGAGCAGAAAAAAGGUACAUCCUGUGAUUCUGAAGAAGACAUACCUUUAAACGUUAGACGACAUAAGCAGCGAAUGCUUGAUGAAAAAACGGCAGUUAAGGGACUAUCAACCCAGAAAACUACAAGUGACAAUGAGGAAAUCCAGUGUAACGCUGUUGAUUCAACCCAAUCCUUUACUCCAGACGUCGAAAACCCUGAUGAAAAAACGAACUUAAAAAUUAGUAAAAAGAUGGCAGACACCAAAGAAAGUUCAUCACUUCAUAUUGAAUUUCCAAGCCAACUUUUGGAAUGUGAACCAGAUAUUACAGUUGAUGAGACAAGUGAAAAGUUCUCUUUUCACUUGUCUCGUGAAAAAAAUAGUCAAUCUUGUUGUUUACAAAAGAAAGAAAACGAAGAGCCUGAUUAUGUUAUUAUUAAUGGUUGGAAUUGUUAUAAAGUCAAUUACAGCGAUACCAAGUUGUUAAACGAUGUGUCUGUUAAUUUAGAAAAGCUGCCGGAAAGAUUUAUUGAAACCUACUUUAGAUAUCAAGAUAUCAAUAAAAAGAAUGUUGGUGAUCCUGUUAUAGACAGGUUGACUAAUUUGAACUCGUUGCAUCGCAAUUCGCUUAAAGAAAGAGCUCGCAGUGCGGCUAAAAGUUUAUUAAAGAAGAGAGUUAAAACAGACAUACAAGAUACAAAUCAUACCAAUGCUGAUGAAAUCGAUCACUUUGAAGAGCUGACUCCAUCAGAAGAUGAAGAAGUAACGCCUAAAAUUAAACAGGAAAGUUACGACAAUGCAGAUAAUUUACAAGCGAAGAAACAUCUUUUAGAUGAUAUUGAAAGUGAUAGUGAAGACGAAGUAAACAGUCGAAAUGUGAUCACGACAAUUGCUGAAACGCUAUCUUAUGAGGAUACACAAAAAGAUUCCAAAUCAAGAAAUAGAAAUAACAAAGACGCCGAUGGCUCAAGUUUUAUGCUUACAGCUGAUCUAAUGAUGAACAAAGAGCUGUCACUCUUGAACACUCCAGUUAUGGUGAAACAAGAGAUGCCUUAUGAUAAAGAUGUAAAAAAACCUUCUAGAACUUCAAAUAGAAUUGGAGACAAAAAGAAAAGACAGUACACAGAAAAGGAUGAAGAUGAUUCUUCGUCAGAAGAAGAGAAACAAUGGGUUAGUACCAAAGAGAAGCUUCUCAAAAGAAUCUCAAAGAAACAAGAGGUUACUAAUGAUGAUGAAGCGAAAGGUACACAACGUGUCAAUGAAUAUAUUGAAAAGAGAAGUGAUGGAAAGGACGGUACCGGACAUCACCGGAGGCAACGAGGUAAAAGAAGAUCUCGCAAGAAACUACUUGAAAAACGGAAACAAAUGAAGGUUCUAGCGAAUGAACUCUUAGGUGAGUCAGUUUCCGGGAAAAGAUACUCGCAAACAUAUGGCAAGGGGCGACGUAAUAUAAGAAAGGUCAUCGAUAAGAAAUCUUUGCAACGUAGCACAGUUAAAGCUAAUAUGCAAGAGUUUGAGAGGAAACAAAGACUCAGUCAUCGUCAAACACGAUUGAUGGAACAUCUUCGUUGCGAGGAAGCAGUCAACGUUGUGGUGAUCAACGGUGAACUAUGUUUGGAGUAUGACUUCGAUAACAAUAUCCCGGUUGCUAGUGUACAUCCCUAUUUCACUAGCGUUAUGAAAGCUCAUCAGUGUGAAGGCGUUAAAUUCAUGUGGGACGCUUGCUUCGAAAGCGUUGACCUGGUAGCAAGCGGUCAUCCCGGAGGCGGCUGCAUCUUAGCGCACUGCAUGGGUCUUGGCAAGACCUUACAAGUCCUAGCGCUCUUGCAUACGGUAUUAACUCAUCCAAUGCUCAACGUACGCCGAGUACUGGUAUGCUGUCCACUUUCCACUGUUCUUAACUGGGUCGAUGAGAUCCACAAAUGGAUUGGUCCAGUCACUAAUGAAAUAAAGGUCUUUGAGCUAUCAAAACUGAAGAAGACCUACGAACGUGCGUAUCAAUUGGAAGACUGGUACAAUGGUGGUGGAAUCUUCAUCAUCGGCUACGAGUUGUUUCGUAAUCUCACCACCCUUGACCCGGAAAUCGAUGACGUCAGACCGACGAUAGUAAAGAAAAUCCGUACUGCGUUAUUGGAUCCGGGACCCGACGUUAUUGUGUGUGACGAGGGCCACCUGCUUAAGAACGAUAGUUCUAUACUCGCAGUGGCUAUGAGCAGGGUGGUCACUACAAGGAGAAUAGUUCUCACCGGUACACCGAUGCAAAAUAACCUCAGAGAAUAUUACUGUAUGGUCAACUUUGUCAAACCGCACCUAUUGGGGACGUACUACGAAUAUUCGAACAGGUUCGAGAAUCCUAUAAUGAACGGUCAACAUAGAGACUCGAGUGAGGAAGAUAUAAGACUGAUGCAGGCCCGAACUCACAUACUCCACAAAGUCUUAGAAGGCUGUUUGCAAAGACAAGAGGCCUCCGUGCUAUACCCCUAUUUGCCGAAAAAAUAUGAAUACACCGUGUUUAUACCUCUAACGAAGUGCCAGCAAGAUAUGUACAUACAUUACCUAGACUGUUAUGCCAGGAAGGGCAAACAGAUGGUGCUGAAGGACUUCCACACUUUGCACAAGAUUUGGACUCAUCCACAAGUAUUGCACAAUUUUCAGACGAAGUCACGUGAAGAUGUGAACAAAAAAAUUAAAGCUGAAAAAGUGGAAGAUGACCUAGCGCAUGAUGAUAUAACGGCAACUGAGGAUGUCAAGCCGGACAAGACAGAGGUGUGGUGGCUUCAGUACCUCGAGGGGGGAAACAUGUUGCAGUCACUUGAGAGUUCUAAUAAAUUCCUGGUGGCUUUUAGACUGUUGGAAGAAUGUGUCGCUGUCGGAGACAAAGUGUUAAUAUUCUCCACUUCCCUAUUCACUUUGGACGCUUUGGAAUAUUUCCUACGAAACAUUAAUAAGUGGAGCCUAGGCCAAGAGUAUUACCGCUUGGACGGAUCAGUGCCCGCCGAUGUGCGACAGAAAUGGUGCCGAGAAUUCAACGCGUCAAAUAACUACAAAACUAAAUUAUUUCUCAUAUCGACUCGCGCGGGUUGCCUCGGGCUGAAUAUGACGGCGGCCAACCGCGUAAUUAUUCUGGACACGUCGUGGAACCCUGCUCAUGACAUACAGAGUAUUUUUCGUGUCUACCGUUUCGGGCAGAAAAAGGACUGUUUUAUAUACCGACUAGUUGCGAUGGGUACAAUGGAGCAGAAAAUGUACGAACGGUCUGUAACUAAGCAAGCCGUGUCAUGUCGAGUGGUGGAUGAACAACAGAUCGACCGACACUACAACUCUGCUGAACUCACGGAGUUAUACAGUUGGGACAAAGAAGGCUGGGGCGUGUUGGCUGGUGUAGCAACGGACGUACACGAUAAGGCACUAUUACGUGUGGCGGCGAAGGGCGCACUUCACGCUGUUCGAGAGCACGAUUCUCUACUGCGUGGCUCUGAACCAGCGCUGCCCGAGGAUGAGCGUGCCGCUGCCUGGCAGCAAUUCCAACUAGAGCAUGCAGACAAAGACAAAGCUCAUACCGUUAUAGCGGCAAAAAAGCUUGACCUCAAAAAUGCUAAUGUUGAUCUCAAACCAUCUACAAGUGCUUUAGAAAAUCGAAAUUCAAACGAAACCCUUAAAAAUAUAAAAGGAAGGAAAGUAGAUGUUGCUAGAGUGGCAACCUCUGCGCAAACAGUACAAGACCAAUUGCAGCCCAAAGAAGACAGCGACGAUAAAAACGAUCAUUUGGUCAAAAAAAUUAUGCAAAUACUCGUAAGUCAUAAUUUUCAUAAAUCUAUACAUCCUGAUGAAGCAACAGCUCUUAUAUCAAAUAUUCAGAGAUUUGUGUCCUCCGGUAAAAGCGAUGGCUUGUGUAUAGAUGACCCGAUAGCGGCCAGUAUCGCUAAAGUCCUUUUAGAAGGAGACGGGUCAAUGGAACACAUACCACAAACGUCACAACAUGUUGAACAGUCAGAACCAGUGGGAACUGAUAAAACAAAUGUUACAUCGGCAAGUAAACAAGCGACUAUCGAAUCUAAUCCUGCAAGAAAAAAGAAGAACGACAAGAUAACUACAGAAACAGCGACAAGCAGCGCUGCUGGAAAAACAAAAACAGAAAAUGUCAAGGUCGAUCAUAUAGAUGAUUCUAAGACUAAAAAGAAGGACAGUUGCACUAAAUCUAAGAAGAAUAGUAGAAAAUCUAUGGCCACUGAUACAAAUAAAGUACGUUUGGACGUAGAUACUAGUAACAGCAUAGUAAUCAGUGAUGAUGAAGGAGAAGAACCCAAUAAAAACGUAAUACAAUCAAAACAAAAAAAACCGAACAGUAAGUCAGGACCGAAAUCCAAGAAACAGGUACAACAACAGGUUGAACAAUUGUUAAGCAAAGAUGAUGAAUCAGAGAAAGUACCUUUACACAUAUCCUUAUUGACGGAUCAGAAUUUUAUAAAAAUAGUAGCACACACAUACUUAAAAGGGAAUCCCAUGUUACCAGAAGAUGCAGCAAUAAUGGCAGCACAGUACACCGCGACUAAGUUACUCAGGGAGUAUAAAGAGACUGGAAAACCUAUUUUGGAAGGUCCUCUUUACGACAUCGCUGUUAAGGUUCUUGGCAAAGGCCUGUUGAAGAAAAUGCGCAGUGAAGCUAUUACUUUGAGUGAUGAUAACAAAUCAAGCAAAUCUUCUCCUCCUUCAUCCUCCAGUGUGAACACCUUAGCACCGGACCCACAAGUUCCAAAAGUCACUCAGGUGGCAAGCUCUGCCCAAGAUGAUAUUUACGUUGUAAUCGAUGAUGACGAGGUAGAAGUGACAAAGCCUAUUUUAAAAAUGGUGCAGCCUAAAAGUUGGCCUAAGCGUCGCAAAUUAAACGUCCAAGAAUCUCCUGCAAGUCCAACUAUCGCAAACUUAGAAAAGCAGCCGGAGUCAAAACAACCAAACAAAGUUUUUCCCGUUGGAAUGUUUAUAGGUCCGGGAGAUAUUGGACAAGGACCGAUUCAGGUGGAAGAGUCAGAGUCAAUUUUACCUGAUGACGAUGAUGACGUUAUCAUGACAUCGCCUCCGCAAUUGAAUGCUUUGCACGAUUCUCCACAGACCAUAGAGCCACAGCUAAAGGAAUAUCAAAAAACCUUGCAGCCUGUUAUACAAUCACAGUCGAUUCGACCUGUAACCCAACCAGAGUCCAUUCGACCUGUAAUUCAAACACAACCCCUUGCGUUUUUUCCGAAACAAAGCACUCAACAUGUUACUCGACCACAGACAGGUUUUCAGCCACUACCUGUCAGCCAGCCACAACCUGUUAGCCAGCCACAACCUGUUAGCCAGCCACAACCUGUUAGCCAGCCACAACCUGUUAGCCAGCCACAACCUGUUACCCAGUCACAACCUGUUAGCCAGCCACAACCUGUUACCCAGUCACAACCUGUUAGCCAGCCACAAUUAGUUAUUCUGUCCCAAUCCAUUCCACCUAUCCUUCAAACGCAAACCACUCAAUAUAUUACAAAACCACAACCAACUAGUCAGCCACAACGUGUAACGCAGUCACAAACCGUUCAACAUUUUCCUCAGAUACAACCAAUUACUCAGCCACAGACAGGUUCUCAACCACAAAAUUUUAUUCAGUCACAAAUUAUUCGACCCGCCCUUCAGACACAACCUUUUCAACAUCCUCCUCAGUCAGAACCUACUAUAUUCAGUCCCACUCUUGGUGGACAAACGGUGUCAACAACUACCAAGUUAAGCAACACUGCACCAAUUGGAAUAACUCCUAGCGUAGCUCAACUCCCUAAACCAGCUCAAGGAGCAAGUUCUUCUUCUGUCCCCAAUGAACAUCAAAUAGAAUCUAUAUGUCUGUCAGAUAGUGAUGAAGAACCCAGUACCCCAUCUACUAGCAAGCCGGCUACGUUGCUUAAUUCUUUGUUUUCCGACUAUCCUCAAUCUUCUGUUAAACUUCAAGCAACCGCUACCUUCAAAGGAAAUGUCCCCUUUACUCUUCCAGCCUCAGUUGGAAAGUUGCUAGAUCCCACUAAAAAAUAUUACUGUCUAACCCCUUCGUCACUUCCUCAUCUUCAAUCAAUGGCCAAAAAUACGGUUUCUGCUAAAGGACCAAUACCCAUUAAAUGCAAGCCGGUUCAAAUAAUUACAACGGUGCAACCAGCAGAACCUACAAUAACCCCGACAGAUAAUAAAAAUAAGCCAUUAACCCAUGGUGACCCCGAUCACAUGAUUUCAAUAAACAAAACAGAAAAGAGUCCUCUUAAGAAAAUGAAGAAAAAAAGCAGUUUAACCUUUAACGGUAACGAAUCUCGUGCUAUGGAUAAACAUUCAAAGGCAAUCGAUAAUAAGUCUCUCUCCCAUACUUCUAUUGAGGAUAAUAAUAAACCUAACGCCACUUCGUCCAGCACUUCGAAACCGCCAGAACCAUCCAGUGUUUCAGUCGACGAUGACGACCCGAUGUCUAUUUUCAAAAACGUGGUUCAUAUUCAAGCACCCCAGCUGGAUGACGAAGACACAAAGAAGAAUAAAUCCUCGAACAGUACAAUAGUGGCAUCAAAGUCUCAAGAUGCAUCGAAAAUUAUCCUAAUAAAAUCAGUAUUACCGGCGCAAAAGGAAAAGAAAAAGGUUUCCUUACUGAAGAAAGAUUCCAAAUCAUCAAUUGCCCUCAUCAAAAAGACCACCCAGGUCCCGUCGAAGAAGCCGGAGGUUACGAUAACACUCGAUUUAACGGAUUCAGAACGUAGCCUAAGCGAAAGUGAAAAGAAGAAGCAGAAACUCGACCUCCUCAAGAGACUAGAGCGCGCCAAGUGGACAAAUGCGAGGAAAAGCAAGCAAGCUACCGUAAAUAAGAUCGCGGGUACCAGCAGCAAUCAGGUUGGGAACUCUUCCAAGAAGUCCAUCUCUUUUGUUGAUCUGACGGAAUGCACGCUAAGCAUCAAGCCCAAAUUGGAGACAAAAAGAUCUUCGGCCUGGUCUGCACAGCCCGCUGCUAAGAAACCAAAGAGGCUGCAAACACUCGAAGACUUUGACUUAGAUGAUAUCGAUGAUAUCACAGAAUUGGAGUAG